AGAGAGAGAGAGAGAGACCUUGGCACACACCAGGAAAGAGAGAGAGAGAGAGAGAGAGAGAGAGAGAGAGAGAGAUCUGCAGCAGCUUACUCCGACAGAGUGAAGGACUCCUGCGAGAGGAAAAGACGAACCUGAUCCUGAUCUGAGCUCAAGUCCAAGGCUGAUUUUAAAACUCUUUUAAACACAUUUUUCACCAGUUUAACUCCGCGGCGAACAACACGUCCUCCUCCAAAGUCUCCUGCCGUGGAUGAGAGCGAAAAGCCCGGGUUGUUAUGUUUGAAAAGGAGUCAGGACAAACAGUGGACCAGUCGACUGCGACAGCGAUGCCUUCCAACAAGUACUCUGCUGUUAUCAUGGAGGAGAGCAACAACAUGACUGCUACUGCGGCGGUCAACGGGGACACGUCUCCGGCUGAGGGCCUAUCGGAGAACGACAGCGGCGUGGAACUGACCAAUGAGAACAGCCCUCUGACUGCGGCCGAACCGCCCUCCCCCUUUAGCCCCAAACAGAACGGAGACGCUGCCUCACCUCAAGAUGAUAAUCAGUGUUCAAGCGAAAGCAGGAAAAGGAGCAGGAAGAGGUCAGAGGAGGAGGAGAGUACCUGGGACUCCUACAGCGAGGAAAAGGCCUCAGGACCGUCGGAGCUGGGUUUGAGACAGAGACCUCGACCAAGGACCAUCUUCCAGGCCGGUCUGUCGCCGCACACCAACACCAAACCUCGCAGACAGAACCGCAAACAGGAGCACAGCAUGUUACUGUGCGCCAGCGGUCCUCGGACAGUCGUGGUCGUGUCCAGCGAGGUUCCAGAGGCCCCCCGUCUGGAGCUGAUGGAACAAGACUCCAAAGACUCGGCCCAGAGCAGCAGCACCUUAUCCAGCACCGAAACUCAGCCAGAGUACAAUGACAACAAAGGUUUUGGCAUCGGCGAGCUGGUGUGGGGAAAGAUCAAGGGAUUUUCCUGGUGGCCCGGCAUCGUGGUGACAUGGCGCGCCACCGGAAAACGGCAGGCCAGCCACGGCAUGAGGUGGCUGCAGUGGUUUGGAGACGGCAAAUUCUCUGAGGUUUCAGCAGACAAACUGGACUCCAUUACUGCCUUCCCCAAGUUCUUCAGCCAGGCUUCGUACACCAAGCUGGCCUCCUACCGCAGGGCGAUCUUCCAGGCGCUGGAGAUGGCCAGUAUCCGGGCGGAGAAAACGUUUCCUCCCUGCGAGUCGGACAACCCGGAGGACCAGGUCAAACCCAUGCUAGACUGGGCCAACGGUGGCUUCGAGCCCAAAGGAGAGGAGGGACUCAAACCUACACACAGCGCCAACAGCAACCCUCUGGACCACCAGGUCCUCGAUGUCUCGCUGCCAGAGUAUUUUCCCAGCGCAAAGCGGCCAAGAGUCGGCCUGUGUAAGAACAAGGCCGCCCCCGAGGAGUCCUACUGCAGAGAACAAAUGGUCAAUGAAGUUCGGAUGAAUAAAUGUAGUAUUGAAGAGUUCUGUCUCUCCUGUGGAAAGAUGAGAGCAGCGACCUUCCACCCACUGUUUGAAGGAGGCCUGUGCCAAACAUGCAAGGACGUGUAUCUGGAGAUGUCCUACAUGUACGAUGACGACGGUUACCAGUCUUACUGCACCGUCUGCUGCGGAGGUCGAGAGGUUCUGCUCUGUGGCAACGCAAACUGCUGCAGGUGUUUCUGCGUGGACUGUCUGGACAUCCUGGUCGAUCCUGGAGCAUCUAACAACGCUCGCUACUUGGACCCGUGGAGGUGCUACAUGUGCCAGCCGCUGCUGCAGUACGGCGUCCUGAAGCGGCGGCACGACUGGAGCCUCAAGCUGCAGGAGUUCUUCGCCAACGACAACGGACAGGAGUUUGAGAAACCAAAGAUUUACCCAGCAGUCCCUGCAGAGCAGAGGAGACCAAUCCGAGUUCUCUCCCUGUUUGACGGCAUUGCCACCGGCUACCUGGUUCUGAGGGAUCUGGGUUUUAAGGUGGACCAGUACGUGGCGUCAGAGGUGUGCGAGGACUCCAUCUCAGUGGGCGUGGUCAGACAUGAAGGAAGGAUCCAGUACGUCCAUGAUGUCAGGGACAUCUCCAAGAAAAACAUUCUGGAGUGGGGUCCGUUUGACCUGGUGAUAGGGGGAAGUCCCUGCAACGACCUCUCAAUAGUCAAUCCUGCAAGGAAAGGCCUGUAUGGCACAGGGAGGUUGUUCUUUGAGUUUUACCGUCUGCUGAGCGAGGCCAAGCCCAAAGAAGGAGAGAACCGGCCGUUCUUCUGGAUGUUCGAGAAUGUGGUCGCCAUGGGCGUCAACGACAAGAGGGACAUCUCACGAUUCCUGGAGUGUAACCCCGUCAUGAUUGAUGCUAUUGAGGUUUCCGCUGCUCACCGUGCCCGAUACUUCUGGGGAAACUUGCCAGGCAUGAACAGGCCUCUCUGCGCCUCUGGGAUGGACAAGCUGGAGCUGCAGGACUGUUUGGAGCAUGGCAGAGUUGCAAAGUUUGGAAAGGUGCGCACCAUCACGACUCGCUCUAACUCCAUCAAACAGGGGAAAGACCAGCACUUCCCUGUGUUGAUGAACGGGAAGGAGGACAUACUGUGGUGCACUGAGCUGGAGAGGAUCUUCGGCUUCCCCGUUCACUACACAGAUGUGUCCAACAUGGGUCGCGGUGCCCGACAGAAACUCCUGGGCCGGUCCUGGAGCGUCCCUGUCAUCAGGCAUUUGUUUGCACCACUCAAAGACUACUUUGCCUGUGAAUAGAAAACCACCCAUCAUCAGCAAACAUAUGCCACCUGUGAAUACACACCAGCUUUUCUACUAUGACACUGGCUCCCAGAAACAGCAUCUGUAAAGAGCUGGAGGAAAAAAAAGCCAGUUUCACUUUAAAAAAAAAAAAAAAAAUCAGUAUAGCUGGGAAAAUAGUGAAAGUAGCUGUUAGUUUGUGUCCAGCCAUUUCUGGAUUCUGGUGAUAACGCACCUGUAGCCUUAAACACACAUAACACACACUAACACAGAGAUAUGCAGAAACAGCACAGGUGAGCUCCUUGGCUGUGGUUUAUCACUAUAUCCAACAGUGUCUGAGAGAGAGGGAGGGUGAAGGUCAAGUGAAAGUGCAGCCGGUCAGUAGCACUGAUUAUAUUAUCUGUAAAGGAGGCCAGUAGGCUGCUUCGCCUCUCUGGAGGAGUUAAAAGGGAAAGAAGAUGACGCCCGCCCUCCUGUUUUAACAGUAGGACUGUGUAAAGAUUAAUAUGAUUUUAAUCUGAUUUUUUUUUUUUUUUUUAGAAGGCAUUGUUUUUAAGUUGACACCACUUACUAGUUGUAGAAAAAGGUGGAACAACACAGCACCAACGGCACAGCUUUUUAAAGUGGCUCUGUAUCAAACCGUUUUAGUGCUCAUCCCUCCGUUGAACUGAUACAGGCUGUUCAUCUGAACAAAAACACUUUUAAGAUCACUUGAACCAAAGUCAUUUGGACAGCUGAAGUCCUGCUCCCUCUGGGCCACCUGCUGUUCCACUAGUCUUGAUAUAACAUUGUAUUUUAAAAAAAAAAAAAAAAAGAGAGAGAGAGAAAAAAAGGUAGGUUGUUUUUAAAACGCCAAAAUAUGAUACUACUGUUUUUGGCCAAAUUAAAAUUAAGGUAAUAAAUAUUCUACAACUGUACUGGACAGCAAAAGUCCAGCAUCUCUUCUUAGCCAAGAUAGAAUAAUGAUUAUUUUGUUUGCAUACCAUAACGACAUAUCCCAUGAGCCUUAGCAAAGGAAAUAUUGUGAAAGCCUCAUGGGAGAUGUAGUUGCUAGAUGCUAACAAAAUAGUCUUUUAUCUUUUAACAGUGCUCUUGUACCUAUUUAGAUUCAAUUAUGAAAAGAAACAUUUGCUAAUCUCGUGUUUGAGAUUUUUCAAAAGGCCAGUGAAGGAAAAUACAUUGAGCACUGCAAGCUAGUGGACCAGACCUGGACAUGAGACGUGUUGGUUUUAUACUUAGAUUAGGUUUUAUUUGUUGUUUGUUGUAAAAGAAAAAAAACAACAAUUUUACUUUUGUCUUUUGCUUUGAGACAAGUUCCAAUGAGCAAAAUAGCUUAGUUAAAAAAAAGAAAAAAACUUCUAUUAAAGAUUUUCUAAACAUGUUUUUGUAUAGAUAGUGUGAAACUUUGAGUUAAACAGUUAUAAUGUCACAGCAACUUCUCCCUGAGAGCUACAUACAGAUACUUGAAAUAAGCCAAUGCAAAAACAGAGAUGUAGAGAAUGAGUUUUUGUCUUUUGUCAACCAUUCCAGACGUCUGAAAAAUUAAGAGUGAUGGCAUUUAUCCUACUGUAGAUGUUUUAAAAAUAAAAUUGUUUUAGUGUACUCUAACAGCUGGAUGCCAGUGUCUGCACAUGUGGGUGAUCCUGGUUUACAGCAGUUUCUAUUCCAGAAAGGAAAAGAAAUGAUCGGAAACACUGGUGAACACACUAUAUUUUUGUAAACUAGCACUGACUACUUUUUCUUUAAAGGAGUUUUUCAGUUUCCAAAAAAAUUAACAAGAGGAGUGGCAUGAAAAUAAUCUCAAUUGAUGCUGGUUGAUACUUUACUUAAGUCUGUGUGCUGCACAUGCUUCACUAUGCAGUAUGUAUAAUGCUAUUUAAUGCUCUUAAAAAAAUGAUAAAGAUUGUUAUCCACAAUCCAGUGCUAUAACAGAAUUGUUACUGAAUUGGCUAGUAUAUAUGUCAUACUGUAUGUUUAAGCAUUAGCAUGUUCACCACACAGAGUGAUCUACUGGACAGUUAAAUUUGGUACAGAUUCUCUUGACUUGUGGACCAAUCACACAAAAACCUGGCAUAGUCCUUUGAAAUAUCUUUUUUGUUGUUGUUGUUUUGAUAACUGGAAGAUUUUUAAUGCUGUUGGCUGCCACCAAAUCAAACUAAAUGGGCAUUACCUCAGACAAAGGGGCAACUGUGCAUCACUCCUCCUAUGGGAUCUCUGUUCUGUGAAUAUAUACUGUAGCUUUCUGCUCCCAUAUGCCCUGUAUAUAUAGCUUGUAUUUUUAUCACUGGAACUGUUUUUACACAGUGUUUUGUGUACUGUAUCAAUAGAAAGGUUUACAAGUGUUUUUAAUUCUCAUUUGACCAAGAACUACAUUGUUUGUUUGUUUGUUUUUGUUUGUUUGAUUGUUUGUUUUUUUUAUACAAAAUGCACAAGCCUUGGUAAAGAACCUGUUUUUCAUGUUUAAAUGACCAGUUCAUUUGGAAAUGCAAGACUCCUAUGUGAUGGUCAAAAGGCUCUUAGAGUGCCACCAGGAACCUUUUUUACUUUUCAAGUCUGAUUUUAAAGUCAUCUGAAAAACCAAAAAGUAAUUGUUUACAUGCUUCAUUAACACUGCUGAACCACAAAAAAACAGUUUAUUUUCUUUUUUGGUAAAUGCUCUUUUAAGACAUUUUAUAUCGAGAACACAUAUGGUAUAUAUUAACACGGUAUACAGCUUGCUUGAAAUUUGUAAUAUUAUAGCACAAUAUAUAGCAUAUUAAUCAAUAGCUUUUUGAUAUCUUGUGUUUCUUAGAUGUAAACCCAUUCAGUGUAUUUGUAGACUUGUGUAUGAAUGACAUCUGAGAACUGUUUCUACUUUUUUUACUACAGCCUUUUGUGCUUUAUCUUUUAUCAGAAUCACAUUUGAGGAUAUUUUAAAUGAAUCUAAAGCGCAAAAGCAUUUCUAAAGAACAGAUUCUGUGUUAUUUUUAUACUUCAUUUGAACUGUUAGUGGAAAAGAAAUGAUUUAUUUUUUUUUUAUGUUUGUGUACUUCCUAUAGCAACCUAUAUAUAAUUUUUACUCAAUAAAACACAGCUUGGCUGCUAAAAACCA